CCCAUCUCAUCACUCAACAUGUCAACCUCAGAACCACCUUCCUACGCCGCAAACAUCCCUUCCGACCCCGUCACCAAAACCACAUCCACAGUCCACGUCGAGCUCACCCCCGAUACCCUAUCCACGGACGCAGCGACGCGAUUCGUGCGCUCCCCUUCCGCCGGCGCAACAGUCCUCUUCAUCGGCACCACAAGAGACUCAUUCAAUGACCUCCCCGUCUCCUCGCUAUCCUACACUUCCUACACGCCUCUCGCCAUAUCGACUCUGUACGCCAUUGCGACUUGCAUGCUCGAGAAACACAGCCUCGCCAAGAUCGCAAUCGUGCAUAAACUGGGAGAGUGUCCGAUAGGCGAGGAAAGCAUCGUCAUUGCUGUCAGUGCGCCGCAUCGCCAGGCCGCGUGGCGCGCGGGCGAGGAGGCGCUCGAGGAGACGAAGAAGAGGGCCGAGAUUUGGAAGUUGGAGAGGUUUGAGGGCGGGGAGGGGGUUUGGAGGGCUAAUCGCGACGGGGCUGCUGGCGUUAAAGUGGAUGAGGGGGAGGAAGGAUGA